GGGCGUGGGAGGGGGCGGCCGAGGACCCGACUCCCGCCCUGGCCCGGACCCCGGGCCCCUGAGCCAUCCCUGGGCCUCAGCUGGAGCAGGACCCACCCGAGCCCCGGAUCCCACCUCGGCGCCACCCGGAGCCCCCUUAGCAGGCGAGACUGGGGCUGUGGUGCCGGAGGGUUGCCCCCUUUUUCCUGGGGUCCUUCAGCUUGCUGUCAGCCACAGGGCUGCGGUGCUCAGGCCGGCCUCAGGACGAGCCCUGACCUUGGGACCGUGGACUGCCCCUGGGGGAGCCUUGGCGGUGCCCUGCAUCACCUUCCCAGAGCUGGCAGGCUGCCCGCCCCCGGCCGCGCCGCCCCUGCCCUUCCUGUUUUUUCCAAGCUCUGAAAGGCUGCUGGCACCUCCUGUUGGCUGCUGGCUCAGGUUCUGGGCAGGAAGGCCAGGCCCACAGGAUGUCUGGUGACCAGGAAGGUAGCCCUGAGGGCCUCAGAGGCCAUCUGCUCGGUGGACAGAAGACUGAGGGCCUGAGAGAGGGGAGGGGUGUUCUAGAAACCUCCGGAGUGUUAUCUUCCUGAGUCCAGGCCCGGCUGUCCCCCACACCUGAAGACAGGGUGAGCUCACCUCUGGGCACUCCACCCAGUGCCAGGCAUGCAGCCAAGCCGUGGGGCCUGCAGGGCCUCAGCAGCACCUACUGGGCCCCAUCAGAUGCUCCCAGCAGCCUGGGUGGUGGGCAGGGGAGGGUGUGCGGGCCCAUUUUCCCCAAAGAUGUGGGACAGGAUCUUAAAACAGUGCACGAUUUGCCCGCACAGUGGAAGGCAGACCCUGCCCAGGCACACCAGUGUGCUCUCCUGGCUGAGCUCUCACCACACACCUCGGGCGACCGGGCUCCCACAGUGCUCCCAGCACCAAGAGCACAGGAACCCCCAUGCCCAAAGGGGUGAGAGCUUGUCCUGGACAUGAGGUGAGACACAGCUCAGUCCCCAGGGCCUGUCAGAGCCACACGGCAGUGCAGGCCCCAGGCACCCAGGGAGGCAGGGGCUGAGGUGCCCAGCGACACCCACUAACGCUUGGGCACUUGGGUGUUUGUGGAGUGACUAUAUGAAUGCCAGAAUCCAGAGCAGGCCUCUGGCCUGGGGCACUUCUGGACUCCCUGGGGCUGGGGGAGGGCCUGUGGCUGUCUUCAGAGCGUGAGAAAACCUGUGUGUGCUCCAGCUGCCCUUCUGUGUGCGACGGGUACAGUUACAGUAGGAGUGAGAAGACUGGUGUCUGUCCAUCUGUCGGCAAAUGCUGACCCCGCAGCCUCUGCUCUGUGUGUUGCGAUGCAGCUUCAAGCAAGGAAGGGCGUGGCCCUCCAGCCUCAGCCCACAGUCUGUCUCUCCACGGUGCUUAUCCUUUUACCUACUGUGUUGAACUUCCUGUCUUUGCUAUUAUCACACACACACACACCUGCCACUAGGAUGUUGCCUCAGCGGGGCCAGGCUGUCGGUCUCACUCACAGUGCACUGGAAUGGGUGCCUGGCUCUGGGUGGGGACUCAGCAAAUACUUCUCCAGUUAGUAGGAACAGACAUACACUCAAGAGAGACAGACUAUAAACCAGCAAGGAAACCUGAGCAGAGACGCCUCCCACGAGUGAGACGUGGCAGUGGUUUGACAAGCCUGAGCGUCGGGGGGCCGUGCUAAGAGCCGGGCCAGGCCUGUGUGUCUGCGAGUGUGUGACCCGAGCAGAGCGAGUUCCUGUUGAAAUGGAUGACUUGGAGUCAGAGUUUAAUCUGAAAGUUGUCCUGCUCAGUUUCAAGCAGUGUCUCAACGAGAAGGAAGAGGUGCUGUUGGACCACUACCUCGCCAGCUGGAGGGGGCUGGUCAGGUUCCUGAACAGCCUGGGCACCAUCUUCUCGUUCAUCUCCAAGGAUGUGGUGGCGAAGCUGCAGAUCAUGGAGCAGCUGUGCGGUGGCCCCCAGCAGGAGCACUAUAGCACCCUGCAGGCCAUGGUGGCCUACGAGGUGGGCAGCCAGCUGGUGGACCUGGAGAGGCGCUCCCGCCACCCCGACUCGGGCUGCCGGACGGUGCUGCGGCUGCACCGCGCCCUGCACUGGCUGCAGCUCUUCCUGGAGGGCAUCCGCACCAGCCCUGAGGACGCGCGCACUGCCGCGCUCUGCACUGACUCUUACAAUGCCUCGCUGGCCGCCUACCACCCUUGGAUCAUCCGCCGCGCCGUUACCGUGGCCUUCUGUGCACUGCCCACACGCAAGGUCUUCCUGGAGACCAUGAACGUGGGGUCCCCCGAGCAGGCCGUGGAGAUGCUGGGCGAGGCCCUGCCCUUCAUCGAACGCGUCUACGACAUCUCCCAGAGGCUGUACGCCGAGCACGCCCUGCUGGACCUACCCUAGGGGCUGGCAGGCCCAGGUGGGGUGGGCUUCCCCUAAUCCAGAGCUGGGUGGGGGCAGCCGGGACCUAUCAGUCCCACCGUGGAACUUUCUGGGUCCCCCUGUGAGCUGAGCUCGUCGGGAGCCAUUCAGAGCAUCCAGCCGCUGCAAACAGGCUUCACGGAGAAGGCAGACGCUGGCCGUCUGCUCCACGCCCGGCCUCUCCUUUGCCUGGGCAUCUCAUCUUUACCCUCAGCUAAGGUACACUCAUGUCCAGUCAGGCCUUUCCCGGGUAGAUGAAGUGCAGGAAGCAGUCAGUGGGGGUCAGGAUUAGUGUUCAUGGAAAAGCUGCCCCUGCCGGGGAGUCGUGGGGCGCAAGACGCAGUGUCUGCCCAGCUGGGCUGCCUUGGGCCCCUCUGUAACGGCUGGCUGUCCCCAGGACAGGGAGAAAGUCCUGGGCAGGGGUCAGCACUGCAGGCUUUCCCCCCGCCCCUCGCCUCCUCAGCCAGGGGCCCACGUUUCCUCAGCAGUGACAGCAGGACCUGAAGCCCCGAGGGAAGGACUGCCCUGCUGCCACCGCCCUGCACACGUGUCAGCCGCUGCCUGUGGCCUAGAGUCUGCACAGCACAGCCUGAGAACCCCCAGGAUCCCAGGACUCCUCUGGGCCAGUGCUGGCUUCUCCCUCUCCAGCAUCCAGCGAGAUGCUGUGCUCCCUCUUCCCUGCCCCUUACUGCUCCAUCCCCGUGGAGCUCAGGAGUCCCAGAAUGACAUAGCACAAGGGAGGGGGCCUCGACCCUCAGUGACAGGCUGGCAGGUGGCCACACCCAUCCCAGCCAUCACCCAGUGCUUGGGGGCCUGGCCCCACCCACUGCCUCUUCACUGUGAGGCCAGGACCUCAGGUGCCAAGGGGACAUUAUUCACCGUGCAGCAAACGUACAUAAGUGCAAGCUUUCAGGUACCCUUAGAAGCUGUAAUACGGGUGAUGGCUUUUCCAAAAUAAAUAAACUGCACUUAGCAGAA